GUGUCUUCGUUAUCGUCAUCACAGACAGAGCCCUCGCCCUGACCAAUCACAUCAUUUUGUAAUGUGAUUAAAUAAUUAUUCUUUUAAAGUCCACUGCGGAGGAGAUGGGUUUAAUGGUGGCUUCCUUUAACUGAGCCCUGACCAGUUAUUGCACACACACCAUAAUCCUCUUCUCUGGCUAAUUUGAGCGCUGAGUAAAUAACCCCCUCCAAAGCCGUCCUGUAAGCCUGCUUCAUGUCCGUGGAUGUCACUCAUGCAUCACACAGAAGUGCAUCAUGGUCUUGGAGUAAACCUGGUUACUAGAUGUUCAUAUGUUAUAAUUGUGUAAACUAACUAAGAAGUACAUUUGAAUAAAGUUAGGCAGGUUUUAGAAAUCAUUAUUAAUUAGCAAAGUAUAAUAAAGAUUUAAGUUUUUAACACUUUUUAAAGGUAUCAAAGUUUUAUUUCCUAUUUUUCUCAUUUCGUGUCCUUGCUGCACGUAGUGGUUCCAGAAGUUCAUUCACUUUUAAAUGGGGGGCCUGCUCAACCCCCCAGAUACAAACAAUACCUCCCUUGUUCAUUUGUCGUCAUGGUGAAUUUUCUGUCACUAUUCUCACGUUCUGAAUGGGUUUUAUUGGUUUGCAGGAAAACUCCUCUUACCCUCAGUCGACGAAAGCUUCUGCAACUGAGAGGAGAAAAAAAACAACCCUCGGAGUUUUCUCUGGUAGUGUUUAUCAUCUGAAAACAUUUCUUCCCUGUAGCGCAGUACUUUUCAACUGCCAUUACGUCAAGUUUGUAAAGUUGUGUAAUUUGUUUCUGCAUCUAAACCAGACUUCUGCCUUCGAGGACGUCAGAGAUUUUUGUUUUCCUACUGACUGCCUGAUUUCACGGAAUAUGGAGGAGAAGCAGCAAAGCUUUCAAGAACUGUCUGAGUUGGACAAGACGGCGAGUCCAAGAUCUUCAUCUCAAACUGGAUCAAAAGUUGUGGUUUUCCUCAGGAGAAAUGCCUUUGUCAUCCUGACGGUAGUCGGUGUGGCCUUGGGCAUGGCUCUGGGCAGUGCCCUGAGAUUUGCCCAACUCUCAGCCAGAGACAUUCACUAUUUAACCUUUCCUGGGGAGCUGCUGCUGAGAGUCCUCCAGAUGGUGGUGCUUCCUCUGAUUGUUUCCAGUCUUAUAUCAGGGAUGUCGUCCGUGGACGCCAAGGCCUGCGGUAGGAUUGGACUACGGGCCUUCUGCUAUUAUAUGCUAACCUCACUGAUAGCCGGCACCACCGGCAUUAUCAUGACUGUAAGCAUUCAGCCGGGGAAAUCAUCCAGUAUCACCUCCACCUCCUCUGGUGUGGCGGGACAGCCGGUGGAGAGCGCUGAUGCCUUUUUAGACUUGAUCAGAAAUAUGAUCCCCUCAAACCUGGUUGAAGCUUGUUUCAGAAAGUAUAAAACAGUGUAUUUCGAGUCUGCUGCUCCUGCAGGGACCAACGUGACCAGCGGAGAACACGUCACUGUGCCGAUGGCAGGCACAGCCAACGGAAUAAACACCCUGGGUCUGUUGGUCUUCUCCGUGUUCUUCGGCUCCAUCCUGGGCAGCAUGGAGGCUGAGGGCAAACCUCUGAGGGACUUCUUUGACUGCCUGAAUAAAGCUAUCAUGCGCCUGGUCAGCAUUGUCAUCUGGUUCACACCAGUGGGGAUGCUGUUCCUGGUGGCUGGGCAGGUUGUGAAGAUGACAGAUGUCAGGAAAAUAGGACAUGAAGUUGUCAUGUACACCAUCACGGUGGUCAGCGGUCUGAUGAUCCACUGCUUCAUCACCCUGCCCCUCAUCUACUUCGCCUUCACGCGGAAGAAUCCGUUCAUUCUGAUGAGCGGUGCAUUACAGGCUCUGGCCACAGCGUUUGGAACUUCAUCCAGGUUUUACUACAUCGUUUACAGUCUUUUACUGCCACCUGUUGGGGCUGCCAGCAGGUUUUACUACAUCGUUUACAGCCUUUUACUGCCACCUUGUUUUCUCUGGUUCAGUCUGAUCGUCACAGCUGUGAGCACUGGUACAGCUGGUAUCCCACAGGCUGGCAUUGUGUCCCUGCUGAUCGUGCUGUCAUCCCUCGGACUGCCCACUGAAAACAUAUCACUCCUCAUGAUCGUGGACUGGAUGCUGGAGCGUAUGAGGACGUCCACCAACGUCCUGGGAGACUGCAUCGGCGUUGGUGUGGUGCAGCAUCUGUCCAGACGUGAUCUGCAAAGGAGCAGGUCUGCAGAGGAGGACGCGCAGCUGCAGGUGUGAGGAGAUGAUGAAGAUGAAGAUGAAGCAGUUAGAAUGUUAACACCCAGAGACAAUAUGAGGAAAUGUGAAGGUGUUCGACUUCUUCAAGGAAAGUUUACAUUCUUGUUCACAGGAGUACAGUAGCUGAUAUACCUCUCUAGAAUAAACAGUGAAAAAAAUAAUGCCUAAUGUGAAAACGUGUGAAUUUUAUCUGUUAUUUGCGGUGGUUGUUGACAAAAUCAUACAUAUUUUUGAAUAAAAUGUUUACAUAAAUAGAUAUUUACUUCAC